GUAAUUAAGGUGGUCGGCUGGUAGUAGCGCUAUGUCGGAGAGUGCGAGUGUAGGCUUCCAAGGGGCGGUUUCUUCGGGAGCGACCUCCGAGACUUCGGAACACAGUCGCCGUAUGCUGGAAGUGUUUUUUACAUGGGUCUUCAAAAGUGAAGUGAUUAACCAUCAUUCGUGAUUUUUGUUUUACUUUAUUUCAAAGCUGGUGAAAGUGCAAAUAGGGUUAAUUAAUCAGUGUUUCAUGCCAGAUAUUAUGUGAUCAGAUUCUAUUAGAAUGUUGAAAAAGUGGUUAUUUUGUCAAAAGUUGGAUAUAAAAUUUUCAAUGAGUUUCAGUGUUGUGGUGAUAAUUGAUUGUGAUUUUAGAAUUAGUGUUACAUUUGAGCAUUAAACUAAAUUAAUAGUGUACAUAAAAAACUGGACAUAGUGGGGUCUUGUUUCCAUGAUGGUGAGGCAGGCCUUGAUUUGAAGAUGCAAGAGUCAAUUUUUAUAAUCUCGAUGAAAUAGCAGCUCUGAGGGAUAAUGAAUCGAGGUUGAAACAACAACAUUUAGAAUCGCAGAAGCGAGAAAAAGUAUUAGUUCGAAGGCUGGCUUCUAAAGAGCAGGAAAUGCAAGUUCUACUGAGUCAGAUCGCGGAACUAAAAGUCAAUCAGGUACCCAGUGCAAGUGCGCUUCGAUCCGCUUUGCUAGACCCAGCUGUAAACAUAAUACUUCAAAAAUUAAAGUCUGAACUAUCUGCUACAAAAGCAAGAUUGGAAGAGACUCAGAAUGAACUAUCGGCGUGGAAAUUCACACCUGACUCAAAUACAGGCAAAAGACUCAUGGCAAAGUGCCGUUUGCUUUAUCAAGAAAAUGAAGAAUUGGGUAAAAUGACUUCCAAUGGGAGGUUAGCCAAGCUUGAAGGCGAUCUUGCAUUGCAAAAAAGCUUCAGUGAUGAAGUGAAAAAAUCCCAAUCAGAAUUAGAUGAUUUUUUACAAGAAUUGGAUGAAGAUGUAGAAGGAAUGCAAAGUACAAUAUACUUCUUGCAGCAAGAGCUGCUAGCAACUAAAGAAAUGGUUUCUUCCCUUGAAGCAGAAAAUAAGAAACUCAAAGAUUCCCAAAAUUUACAUAAUCACUUAAACGGUGACACUAGCAAAGCCAAGCACGAAGUUGUUAGAUUAUCGACAUCUGCUAAGGAUUCUAGUGAUUCUGAGCCUGAGUUGAUCAUAAAAGUUACUGAACAGGAUCUGAUGAAAACAAUCAGUGAUUUUGAUGAUGAACAAGAGAAGGAUAAUUGUGAAAUUCGGACAAAAAGUGAACUGAUCACAAGAACUAAAGAUAACAAUGGUGUUGGUAGCACUAUUGUAGAUAGGACUUCAAAAACAAAUAGGUUGGAAUUUAAAAAGAAACGUAAUUAUGACAGUGAUUCAAGUGAUUAUAGCAUUGAAAGGACAAAAGGUGUUAAAAAAGUUAGAAGGUCUUCUGUACUGUCAUUGGACUACAAUGACUUGGAAGAUGAUGCAUUAGUGAUAUCAACAAAUGGUGAAACAAACAUUUCAGAUGGAGAAUGAUUAAGUUACAUCAUGGCUUUUCAAAUUAUAGUUAAUUAAAAUACACAAAUUUCUGAAUUAAUCUUAAAUUUACUAUGUGAACUUCAUUAUUUAACUCAUAUUGUUUUAAUGAGCAUUAUAUUUUAAUUUUAACACAAAGUAUACUACAAAUACAAAUUAUGUUGAAAUUUGUUAUAAUAGAAUUAAGUUAAUUGGUCUUAAAUCAAUUAAUCAGUACAUUAGAUUAUUAUUACGUCCAAGUGUGAGAGCUAACUUAAAAUUGCAGUUCAUACUUGUCUAUGAUAUCUUUUUUCAUCACAAGUGGGUCCAUGCCAUUGAUUGGAAAGUACUAAAAUAUAAUUAGUUUGACAUACAUGGUUAUAUGCGAAAAAAAAACUUGUUUAUAGAGCUUUAACAAUUGUAAAACAAUGUAUAUCUGAUCUAUAGUUCUUGUUAUUUCUAAAAUGUUGAUUUAUGUGUAAAUAUAAUAAUACACAAUAUGUAUAAAAUACCAUAAACCUGUUGUAAACAUUCAUAAUUUCUGUUUUAGCAUGAUUUCAUAUAGCAUAACUAAACUGGCUUAAAUUAAGGUUUAUAUUUUU